AUGGGCGCCGCUGGCACGAUGGUGUGCCUGCUCGGUAUGGCCAUUAAGAGCGACUUCGGGGUGCUGCGGAGCGAGGCGGCGACGUUCGGGCUCGGCGAGACCAACUACUACCUGGUGCUCGUGUGGGACGCCGUGUCGUGGCAGCUGCUCAACCUGGGCAUCAUGGGGCUCAUCACCUGCGCCUCCUCGCUCCUCGCCGGCAUCAUGAUCGCCGUCCUCCUGCCGCUCUCCGAGAUCCUCGCCGUCCUCUUCCUCCACGAGAAGUUCGACGGGCCAAAGGGCAUCGCGCUCGUGCUGUCCCUAUGGGGCUUCGCCUCCUACAUGUACGGCGAAAAGGUCCAGCAGAAGAAGGCGGCGGCGCAGAAGAACCAGCUGCUGCAGCAGCAGAUGGCGAGGAAAACCGGAGACCUGGAGCUGGCUACCCCUUGAAGACCGGCAAA